AUGCCCACCAAACGCCGCUCCACCUACGUCCAGUCGCCCAUCAACAACUGCACCCCACCAGGUAGCGUAGGACUGACCCCCUCAAAUCAGCCUGACUGCUUCUAUUUCCUCAGGAACAGCCUACGUAAGCUUUAUUGUUAGUGAUGUAGGGUUGAAUCCUAAUGCCACACACUCUCUUUCUAAUUCUCUCCAUCUCUUACUUCCUCUCUCCUAUCUCAGACUCAUCGUCAGGUUCAGAGGAUGAGGGUGCUCUGUUGAGACAGUCGUCAGUGGGUGCUGGUUUGGGGGCUCCUACCCCUUCCUCUCUGCUGCAGCCCCCCAAUCUGCAGAGCCCUGACUCCUGGAUCAACCGCUCUGUCCAGGGCUCCUCCACAUCCUCUUCUGCUUCUUCCGCCUCCUCCACUCUGUCCCAUGGAGAGGGCAAGCCCCAGCCCCAAGCCCAGCCCCAGCCCCAAGCCCAGCCCCAGUACAAGCCCCAAUACCAGCCCCAAUACCAGCCCCAGUACCAGCCACAGUACCAGCCACAGUACCAGCCACAGUCACAGCCACAGCAUCCAGCCAUAGCUGACAUGCUGGCUCAAGCACGCAUCGGUAAGAUAUGUCCUUAUGACCACAACACUUUAGAACGCCUUGGCAUGUAACCCUAUAUAAGAUAAACUGAGCAGAUAAAAUGAACCUGUCUUUCUUCCAGGCCUUUCAGAGAACAGCGGACCCCCCCCAGACGUGUUGGCGGCAGCCCCCCAGGCCAGGGGCUCCUCUCAGGUGGACAGGCCCAACAACCCUCCCGUGGUCCGGGGGAUGAGCCGCGGACAGAGUCGCUCCAGCAUGAUGGAGACAGCCGACGGUAAGAACAGCCUCUUUGUUAGGGUCACCGUGUGUGUGUGUGUGUGUGUGUAUGGGUGUAUGUAGGAGUACGGAAGUCUGUGCGUGGGUGUGUAUAUGUGAGAUUAUGACCGCGUGAGUGUGUGUCCUUGUCGAAUCUUCAUACACUUUUGCAUUUCCAUUGAAUAUAUAUAUUAUUUUUUAAAGUAAUAAUGUUUUUCUUGAAUAACAUGUUGAUUUCUGCCUGGACCAUAUCAUUAACCAAACCAUGUUGUUUUGUUUUCUUCUGGUCUUUUUCCACCCUGUCACGUGUUAUUUUGACUGGCAAUAGGUAACAGAAGAGGUAACACAUUCCCUAUGAGAAACUCAUGAACGAGUGGUGUUAUAUAUACGUCUGUGUACUGUUUGGGCCUUUGUGCCUUGUUCUUACCCUCUAUGCUGUAUGAUUAGGGAGAGUAGUAUUUCUGUGAAACCAGAACCAUCCUCUGAAACCGACUGAAUCCUCAUGUGUUUUCCUAUUAUGAAACCAAUGAUUCUUAUUCCCUUUUACCUCACUCCAACCCUCCCAGUCCUGGUGUAGAGUUAGCCCUUUGCCUGCUGGUUUUCAUACUAGCAGACUGCGAGUCGAGAAAUAGGCUAGCGAAAUAAGGAAAGCCAGUGUUGUGUGUGAAGUCAAUCAAGACUUCCCUUCAUAUAUUGGGGCAGGGAGAGUGUGUGUGUAUGUAUGUGUGUGUGACAGUGUCUAUCGGACCCCCCCCCCCCCCCCCCCCCCUAGGUGUCCCGGUCAACAGCAGGGUGUCCACUAAGAUCCAGCAGCUGCUCAAUACCUUGAAGAGGCCCAAGAGGCCCCCCCUCAGUGAGUUCUUCGUGGAUGACCAGGAAGAGAUUGUAGAGGGUGAGCCACCAUUCAUUCUUCAAUCAAUGGAUCUCUCUUAGCCUGGUCUCAGAUCUGUUUGUGCUGUCUUGCUAACUCCCAAGACAGCACAAACAGAUCUGAGACCAGACUAUAUCUCUGUACAUUUUACCUACAAUGUUUUCAUUUCCACCCCUCUGUACCAACCUCAAAGGUGCUACCUGGUUUAUUCUGCCCCUCCCCCCCCUCUCCUCCUCCAGUGCCCCAGCCGGACCCCAACACACCGCGGCCAGAGGGCCGUCAGAUCAUCCCAGUGAAGGGGGAGCCCCUGGGGGUGGUCAGUAACUGGCCUCCAGCCCUCCAGGCUGCCCUGUCUCGCUGGGGGGCCACACAAGGCAAGAGCCCCGCCCUCACCGCCCUGGACAUCACUGGCAAACCCCUGUACACACUGACCUACGGUAAGAAACUAGGCCCACACACAAAGCCCUGUACACUGACCUACGGUAAGAAACUAGGCCCACACACAAAGCCCUGUACACUGACCUAAGGUACGUCACAGUCUCAAACCCCUGUAUACACUGACCUACAGUACGUCACAGUCUCAAACCCGUGUACACACUGACCUAUGUUACGUAACAGUCUCAAACCCCUAACCACACUGACCUACGGUAUUUCACAGUCUCAGACCCCAAACCACACUGACCUACGGUAUGUCACAGUGUCAAAUCCCUAACCACACUGACCCACGGUGAGAGACUAGGACCACACAGAGAUUUUAUACUGCUACUACAACCUGACUUAGAUACCCCUGUCUUUUCCAUAGUUAUACGAUUGCCUACAGUUAGAGAACAUAUGAUUUUUAACAUCUAUAACUCUACUUAGGUAGGGACAAGGCCCUAGAUACUUUAUUUAUUACAUUGUUGUGCUAUACUGUAGUCAUGGUGUGGAUAGAGUAAUCUAGGUAAUGGAGGGUUAUGAGAGAAGAAGUAUGAGAUUGAGUGACACUGUUAUUUACGAUGCACGCCCUCCCUCCUUCCUCCCUCCUACCUCUUCCUCUUCUCCCUCCAUCAGGGAAACUGUGGAGCCGCAGUGUGAAGCUGGCCUACACCCUCCUCAACAAACUGGGACCCAAGAACGAGCAGGUCCUCAAGCCUGGGGACAGGGUGAGACACAUCGACUCACACUACUUCUACUUCUCUCGUAAUGAUAUAGCGUCAAAACAACCCCAUGUAUUUUUUUGUAUUUAUGAAGCUGCUGCCAAUUACUCUUCCUGGGGUCCAAACAAGAUAAAGGCAAUUACAUCACAAAAAAACCCAUAAUAAAACAGUACAUCAUACAACACAUUAUUACACCACUACUCUACGACAAAAUGUAUAAUACCCCAAUACAACAAUAUUACAACAUUACAAUGUACGUGUGUGUAGGGUGUAUGCGUUUUUGUGUGUCUCUUCACAGUCUGCAUUGUUCCAUAAGAUGUAGUUUUAUCUGUUUUUAUUUGUUAUUUUGACCAGUUGUCAUUUUCUGCAAAUAAAUGCUCUAAAUGACAAUAUUUUUAUUUGGAAUUUGGGAGAAAUGUUGUCAGUAGUUUAUAGAAUAAAACAAAAAUGUUAUUUUUACCCAAACACAUACCUAUAAAUAGUAAAACCAGAGAAACUGAUAAUUUUGCAGUGGUCUAUUAUUUUUUUCCGCAGUUGUGUGUGUAUAUAUAUAUAUAUAUACAGUACCAGUCAAAGGUUUCAAUGGUUUUUCUAUAUUUUUACUAUUUUCUACCUUGUAGAAUAAUAGUGAAGGCAUCAAAACAUAUGGAAUCAUGUAGUAACCAAAAAAGUGUUUAAAAAAUCAAAAUAUAUUAUAUAUUUUAGAUUCUUCAAAGUAGCCACCCUUUGCUUUGAUGACAGCUUUGCACACUCAUUUAUUUGGGCUGCAAUUUCUGAGGCUGGUAACUCUAAUGAACUUAUCCUCUGCAGCAGAAUAAAAGAGACCUAGGUCUCAAUAUGUCUUCCCUGUUAAAAUAAAGGUUAAAUAAAAGUAAAAAAUUAUUCAGCCCCUUCCCUCAGCUUUUUACCGAAACAGGGUUUUUACCGAAACUGGGUUUUUACCGAAACGGGUGGGGGAACGCUUUGUUAUUGUUUUUACUGCUGAUUUCUGCAUUAAGGUCCAUACAUCAACUUGAUUUUUUAUUUUAUUUCCUGUAGGUGGCUCUAGUGUACCCUAACAGUGACCCUGGGAUGUUCUGGGUGGCCUUCUUUGGCUGCCUGCUGGCUGAGGUCAUCCCUGUCCCUAUAGAGGUACCUCUGUCUCGCAAGGUUAGGAACAUGUCAAUGGAACUUUUUCAAGCCCACAUUGACUGUUACAUCUGCUCUGUGAUUGACUCCAUAUCCAUUGUUGUUCCACCAGGAUGCAGGCAGUAGUCAGGUGGGCUUCCUGCUGGGCAGCUGUGGUGUAACUCUGGCUCUGACCAGUGAGAUCUGUCUGAAGGGACUCCCCAAGACACCCACCGGAGAGAUACUACAGUUCAAAGGUCAGGAGCUGUCUCUCCUACUGGCCGUAUUACAGAGCAUCAAUGUUUUUUAGUCACUGGUCACCGACUGAGUACACUGACUGAUCUACAAAUAAUAAUGAGUAGUUAUUUAGGAAGCCAGGUGAUUUGUAGGCAUCCAGUCGAAGACUGCAAUGUGGUUGAUCUCAAACACAACCAUUUUCUCUAGAGAUCCAAAUGUGAUACUUUUUCUCUUUCUCUAUGAGUCUCUUUUUGAUUAAGUUGAUUGGUUGACGUAUGAUAUUGACUGUCUUUUAUAGGCUGGCCUCAGCUAAAGUGGGUGGUGACAGACUCCAAGUAUCUCACCAAACCUGGCAAGGACUGGCAGCCCCACAUCCCUACAGCUAACACUGACCCUGCAUACAUAGAGGUGUGUGUGUGUGCGUGUGUGUGUGUGUGUGGGGGUACGUGUGUGUACUUCUCAUCCAAUUCUAUGUGAUUGUGUUUUCUCUCCCCCUAGUACAAGGCAAGUAAGGAGGGCACAGUGAUGGGUGUGGCUGUGUCUAAGGUGGCCAUGUUGACCCAUUGCCAAGCACUGACUCAGGCCUGCAACUACUGUGAGGGUGAGUAACUACACUAUAUGAGAGAGGCAUACUCUAUCGCGAGAGUAAGUCUAUGGCGUCUUUAUGAAGAUGAUACACAGGGAACAAGUGUUUGAAGGAUGCUUCUCAUAGGGACUUAUCUAUAUGGUUCUGUUUUUAGGUGAGACACUAGUGAACGUUCUGGACUUUAAAAAGGACAUGGGCCUGUGGCAUGGAGUUCUCACGGUGAGUGUUUGUGGAUGGGGGGAUAAUAGUUACUUCAGUUAUUUAAAUCAUAUGCAUUUCCGUUUAAUACGUUGUAUUUUGUUGUUCUUUUAGAGUGUAAUGAACAGGAUCCACACUAUCAGUGUGCCCUACGCUGUGAUGAAGGCUUGCCCUCUCUCCUGGGUUCAAAGGGUCCACAUACACAAAGGUAGUUACACCUCCACAACCACUCUCUGUGUGACCAUGAGAACACUGAUUUUCAUGUACUCAUUUGUCCCUCCUGUCCCCCCGUAGCGCGCGUUGCCUUGGUGAAGUGUCGUGACCUGCACUGGGCCAUGAUGGCACACAGGGAACAGAGGGACACCAGCCUGGCAUCGCUGCGCAUGCUCAUUGUCGCUGAUGGAGCCAACCCCUGUGAGUGUGAAAUGUAGUCAAUGCAGGGAAAUGUAGUCUGUGUGGAAUCCACACUGGAACUACAGAUGCCAGACAUGCAUGGAACUGGUCUGCAUCCCAGUAAGCAAAAUGAAGUUGAAAAGUAUUUUAGACGUCUUUUCCUGACGUUGAUGUCAGGUGCAUAUUAGGUGCUGAAUGAAAGGUGAAAAUACGUAUUUUCCAGAUGUCGAAAAUACUUAUUUUCCGGAUGUUGAAAUCGGGUGCAUUGUAGGUGCUGAAUGAAAGGUGAGAAGACGUAUUUUCCGGCCGUCAAAAAUAUGUAUUUUCCGGACAUUGAAAAUACUUAAUUUACAGACGUUAAAAAUACGUUUUUUUCAGACAUUGAUUCUAUGGCCAAUUUUCAACUGCACAUACAUUCUCAAUGAAGUAAGCAUUGUAUCACAAUAAUAAUUGUUCAAGCAUCUUACUAUAGGGAAGAGGAGCCAACAGAAUAUGUAUUAUUACUCUCAUCUGUAACAUGCACUUAUGUUAGAUUUUUCAAAAGCUUUAUACCUGGCAGCAAUGACGUUCAAACUAAUACAACUUACCGAAUAAACCAACGGACCACUUCAACUACAAUACCAUUCUCAGUAACGGUCACAGAUUUUUUUAUUUUCUUGUUAUGACUUUGAUAUAUUGUUGUUUAUCUACCUAAAUUGAAUGCAUUGACUGUAGGUGGCUCUGACCAAAAUGUAAAUGUACAAAAUAAAAUAAUCGCAAAGCAUGCUGGGUAUUAUUCUAAUGUCCUACACCCCCAAACAAGGACACAUUUGGUAGGUGCGGACCAGAUCCAAAACUGAACGAAUAAUAGACGUUUUGGGCUAUGUUUCACAAGUUUGAACAUCACAGUACAGUACGGCACAGUUUAGUACAGUAGAGCACAGUAGAGUACGGUACGGUACAGGACAGGAAAAUGUUUAUUUGGUAGAGUAGACUACAGUAGAGGAUAGUUUAGUUCAAUAGAGGAUAGUACAUUAGAGUAAAGUAGGGUACAAUACAGUACACUAUACUUUACAGUACUGUACUAUAUUGUACUCUACUGUACUUUUAUUUUCUGUACUGUAAUGUAAUGUGCUGUACUGUGCUCUCCAAACUUGUGAAACAUAGACGUCUAUGUUUGGUUCAGAUUUGGUCCGGUCCGGACCGGCCUUUAUUUGGCCCAAACAUAGACGUCUAUAAUUGUUUCAGAUUUGGUCCGCUCUAGCCCAAAUCUGAACCAAACAUAGACGUCUAUGAUUGGUUCAGAUUUGGUCCGGACAGGACCAAAUAACAUUGCCGUCGGUAAAUGCUUAGUGGGAUUGCACCUUCCAGGCAGUCAGUGUGGCUGACAGACAGCAAACAUCCAACAUGCAAUAGGACAAUUGCAAGUGAUAAACAAAGCCCUGUAUGAUUUGAAUGGAUACCAUCCAAAAAUGGUCAAUGUUUUGAGAUGUCAGUGUUGUUGAGUCUCUCUCGCUGUCUGUGUCUCUCCCUAAGGGUCGGUGUCGUCCUGCGAUGCCUUCCUCAGUGUGUUCCAGAUCCACGGGCUGAAGCCAGAGGUCAUCUGUCCCUGUGCCACCUCCCCUGAGGCCAUGACGGUAGCCAUCCGCAGGUAGGAUGGGCUGAAUGGGUCUUCUUAGCAAAAAUAACAGUUUGUGUUUUGUUUUGCUACUUGGCCAAAUGUGUUUGUAGUACCCUGAGUUGCCUCUGGAAAAAUUUAAUGAAAUCAAAGUUACAUAAUGUACCUUCAAUAAUUUAAUUUAUGUAUGGUUAGAAGGACCGUCUUUCGGCAGUGUGUGUACAUUUUUGAGUAAAAUCCCUGUCCUCUCCUGUACCUCUCUGUGUGCAGGCCGGGGGUGCCAGGGACGCCCCUCCCAGCCAGGGCCAUCCUCUCCAUGGGGGGUCUGAGUCACGGGGUCAUCAGGGUCAACACGGAGGACAAAAACUCUGCCCUCACCGUGCAGGAUGUGGGUCAUGUGAUGCCUGGAGGUGAGGAGGGGGGAUGCACAGUAUAGAAGAGAGAGAGAAAUGGGGGAUCUCACUUGAGAGUAAUAUCAGGAGUGAAAUCCAUGUGUAUGUGUGUAAUUGGCAUUCAAGUCUCAGGCAGGGCUAUAGUAACUAAUCACGAGAGUUUGAUUUCAAAUCACCUCCACUGCAGGUCCAUUUUUAUAUAUGAAUGUGUUUAUUCCCGGGGCCACCCAUAUGUAAAAUGUAUGCACGCAUGACUGUAAGUCACUUUGGAUAAAAGUGUCUGCUAAAUGGCAUAUAUUAUUAUUAUUAUUAUUAUUAUUAUAUUUGAUUCUUUAUGUGUAAAUCGGUUUCUGUAAUUGUAUGUGUGUUAUUAUUCCUGUACAUGUAUUUAUCUGUGCAGCUGACUCUGUCUCUAUGUCUAUAUCUCUGAUGUGUAUAGUGAAGCCUGACUCUGUCUCUGUGUCUAUAGCUCUGAUGUGUAUAGUGAAGCCUGAAGGGCCUCCUCAGCUGUGUAAGACAGAUGAGAUAGGGGAGAUCGUGGUGAACUCUCGUGCUGGAGGCAACAUGUACUAUGGCCUACCAGGAGUCACCAAGAACACCUUUGAGGUACAGACCCACAACCAUUCAAUUCCCCCUUAUGUGUUACGUGCUGUAAAGGGGAACCUGGUCAGACACCUGGUCAGGACCUGGUCAGACACACCAAACUCUGAACAUUCAAUAUGCUUACCAACACGUUUUAUAUUAGAAAAUGUUAAAAACAUCAGUUUUUGUCUGUCUGUUAUAGGUGAUUCCUGUCAAUGCACUUGGUGCUCCUAUUGGAGACAUCCCCUUUGUGAGAUCUGGACUCCUAGGCUUCGUAGGACCCGUAAGUAGGACUGUCUUGUGUGACCGUGUGCGUGCGUCCAUAUGUGUGUAAUGAAUGCUGUGUCUAACCGCUCUACAGGGCAGUCUGAUGUUUGUGGUGGGGAAGAACGAAGGCCUGCUGAUGGUGAGUGGUAGGAGACACAACGCUGAUGACUUGGUGGCCACAGCACUGGCCGUGGAGCCUGUCAAGACUGUGUAUCGUGGGAGGUGAGUACUGUAUGUGUGCAUGCGUUUGUGUGUGUGUGCGCAUAUGUCAGCAUGUAUUUGAAUGGACAGUGGAUGAGGUCUGUGUUGUGUGUGCUUGCUGUGAGUCAGGUGUAUUGGGGAUUGCGCAUAGAGAUGUAUAGAGAUCAUUACUUGGAAAUAACCUGUUUUUGCAUGGACAUUGCCAUUGAGGGCUUCCACCAGUUUAAAGUGGUCAACUGGGUGGGGAUUCCUAUGGGUUGGGAGCGAUCAGCCAAUGAUCAAAAUGUGUCUUCUUCAAAUUGGUUUGCCUAGUUUGUAAAAUGGCUUUAAGCUAUAUUACAUAAUCUAGUGGCCACAAUAAAUGAUUGACACACAACAUUUGGUUCAAGACUCCAGCUCUGCAGGUGGCGUGGCGGUAAGUCACCAAUAUUAGCUUUACACUUUUUUUCAAAAAAUCAAAAGAAAAUGGACUACUUGGAGAUAGCCUCAAUGGCGCUGCCCAUGCUGUCACAGACUCCAUAAUGGCACAGAUACAACAUUGCAAUCUCUAUAUGUCUCUAUGGCAUUGAGCUUUGUUGUGUAUCACGACUGUCAUCUGGUGGUUGUUAGUGAGCACUGCAGGCCCAUAGCGCGCUCGUAAUAUGAGUGGAUGUAUACAGCAUAUUUCUGUGUGGGAUGUGGGGGUGUAUUGGCUCCUUGCAGAAAAGAUCAUCUCAAGCUGUGAAAAUGCUUGUUAUCAGAGUGGUUUUGUGUGUGUAGGAAUUGCAGUGUUCUCUGCUUUAUGUGUGGAUGUACAUAUUCAGUAUAUGGAGGGAGAGGUCAAUAUCUAUGUGUGUGACUAUGGAUCCUUGCAGAGAAGACAUUCUAAUUGUGUGUGUGUGUGUGUGUGUGUGUGUGUGUCCGCGUGUAUGCAUGUGUGUGUCAGGAUUGCGGUGUUCUCUGUGACUGUGUUCUAUGAUGAGAGGAUAGUGAUUGUGGCAGAGCAGAGGCCAGAUGCCAGUGAGGAGGACAGCUUCCAGUGGAUGAGCCGAGUACUGCAGGUAGCUAACCCCCCUACAAACACCUCUUUCUUGGUACAUUCCAAAACGAACACCACAGUUUUCAAUGUACUCUAAACACUUGAUUAGAGAAGUUGUCUAACUGAGGGGUGUUGUGUGUGUCCACUGUCCAGGCCAUUGACAGUAUUCACCAGGUGGGUUUGUACUGCCUAGCUCUGGUGCCUGCCAACACGUUACCCAAGACCCACCUGGGAGGGAUCCACAUCUUCGAGACCAAGCAGCACUUCCUGGACGGCAACCUGCACCCCUGUAACAUCCUCAUGUGCCCCCAUACCUGUGUCACCAACCUCCCCAAACCACGGCAGAAACAGCCAGGUACAGUAGGCUCAUCAACAGCAAAACUUGGAAACUGAUUGGCUUACAGUGGCCAUGACUUUUGAGCUAGGGAAUUUAUUUGAUUGUGAAUAUGCAUCUCUCUCUCUCUCUCUCUCUCUCUCCCUCCCUCUUUCUCUUUUUAGUGGGUGUGGGUCCAGCCUCCAUCAUGGUGGGGAACCUGGUAGCAGGGAAGAGGAUAGCCCAGGCAGCAGGCAGGGAUCUGGGCAUGAUCGAGGACCAGGACCUGAUCAGGAAGGUAGGACCACCUCAGGACCUCUCUCUCAUCAUCACACCAGUUAGAAAGGACCCACAUGCACGGUGGCCCAUAGCAGGGUAGGGACGAUAGCGGUAGCUGGUACUACUAACCUGGUGGUAGCCAACACUACUAACAAUGGCAUGCCGACUGCCGGAUAGUCACGUUCGGUAUGCUGUUGGGCUGCCACCAUAUUGGUUGGAGACAGCGGUUCAAUAUGGGCUUGCCUGCAGUGGUGAGCUGCCUCUUUGCCACCAGUGGUCCAGUAAGUGUUUGCUAGUUGGGUAGUUAGACAGGACAAGAUAGCUGGUAAACCAUGUGGGCAACAUAAUGCAUUCUUUCUUCUGUCCUAAUGCACCCGUCUCUCUUUGGAUGUAACAUUACAUAGCUUCGUAUGUGGCCUACUAUGAUGGUAAGAGCUACUGCCCCCUCCCAACUCUAACUUCUUACCCACCACACCCUGGUCCUUCCUUUGCUUCUGUCUGCAAUGUGCUGUACAGUGAAGCUCUCAAUGUGAAUUUAGUUAUUUUUCAGUUGCACACACAAAUAAUUAUAUGGAUGCAUCGCUAAGUUCUGGCAAGAUGUGAGAUCUUGCAUGGUGUCAGACGUGAUGCUCUGAAUCUGCAUGUGCCAAUGUUUUAUGCAAUUGUUUUUAUUUUUGCAUCACAGCACAGUCUGUCAUGGCAUCUCUUAAUGUCACCUGAUGCACCAUGCCUUCCAUUUUUUAUUUUAUUUUUUAUUUAUUAAGGAUCCCCAUUAGCUGCUGCCAAGGCAGCAGCUACUCUUCCUGGGGUCCAGCAACAUUAAGGCAGUUAUAUACCAUUUCAAAUAUUACAUGACAUUAUAUUUCAUAACACUUUACCCAAUACAUUUAGUGUGUUCCCUCAGGCCACUACUCCACUAUCACAUAUUUACAAUACAACAUCCAUGUGUAUGUGUGUGUAGAGUGAGUGUCUAUAUGUAUGUGUGUAUGUACCUGUGUGUGUGUCUCUUCACAGUCCCCGCUGUUCCAUAAGGUGUAUUUUUACCUGUUUUUUAAAUCUGAUUCUACUGCUUGCAUCAGUUACCUGAUGUGGAAUAGAGUUCCAUGUAGUCAUGGCUCUAUGUAGUACUGAGUGCCUCCCAUAGUCCGUUCUGGACUUGGGGACUGUGAAGAGACCUCUGGUGGCAUGUCUUGUGGGGUAUGCAUGGGUGUCCGAGCUGUGUGCCAGUAUUCCAAACAGACAGCUCGGUACAUUCUGCUCGUCGACACCUCUCACAAAAACAAGCAGUGAUGAAGUCAAUCUCUCUUCCACUCUGAGCCAGUAGAGACUGACAUGCAUGUCAUCAAUGUUAGCUCUCCGUGUACUUUUAAGGGCCAGCUGUGCUGCCCUGUUCUAAGCCAACUGCAAUUUUCCCAAGUCCCUCUUUGUGGCACCUGACCACGCUACUGAACAGUAGUUGAGGUGCGACAAAACUAGGGCCUGUAGGACCUUCCUUGUUGAUAGUGUUGUUAAGAAGGCAGAGCAGCGCUUAAUUAUGGACAUACUUCUCCCCAUCUUAGCUACUGUUGUAUCAAUAUGCUUUGACCAUGACAGUCUACAAUCCAGGGUUACUCCAAGCAGUUUAGUCACCUCAACUUGCUCAAUUUCCACAUUAUUCAUUACGAGAUGUAGUUGAGGUUUAAGGUUUAGUGAAUGAUUUGACCCAAAUACAAUGCUUUUAGUUUUGGAAAUAUUCAGGACUAACUUAUUCCUUUCCACCCAUUCCGAAACUAACUGCAACUCUUUGUUAAGUGUUGCAGUUAUUUCAGUUGCUGUAGUAGCUGACGUGUAUAGUGUUGAGUCAUCCGCAUAUAUAGACACACUGGCUUUACUCAAAGCCAGUGGCAUGUCGUUAGUAAAGAUGGAUAAAAAGCAAGGGACCUAGACAGCUGCCCUGGGGAAUUCCUGAUUCUACCUGGAUUAUGUUUGAGAGGCUUCCAUUAAAGAACACCCUCUGUGUUCUGUUAGACAAGUAACUCUUUAUCCACAUUAUAGCAGGGGGUGUAAAGCUAUAAUACAUACGUUUUUCCAGCAGCAGACUAUGAUCGAUAAUGUCAAAAGCCACACUGAAGUCUAACAAAACAGCCCCCACAAUCUUUUUAUCAUCAAUUUCUCUCAGCCAAUCAUCAGUCAUUUGUGUAAGUGCUGUGCUUGUUGAAUGUCCUUUUCUAUAAGCAUGCUGAAAGUUUGUCAAUUUGUUUACAGUAAAAUAGCAUUGUAUCUGGUCAAACACAAUUUUUUCCAAUAGUUUACUAAGGGUUGGUAACAGGCUAAUUGGUCGGCUGUUUGAGCCAGUAAAGGGGGCUUAACUAUUCUUAGGUAGUGGAAUGACUUUUGCUUCCCUCCAAGCCUGGGGGCACACACAUUCUAGUAGGCUUAAAUUGAAAAUAUGGCAAAUAGGAGUGGCAAUAUCGUUCCGCUAUUAUCCUCAGCAAUUUUCCAUCCAAGUUGUCAGACCCCGGUGGCUUGUCGUUGUUAAUAGACAACAAUAAUUUGUUCACCUCUUCCACACUCACUUUACGGAAUUCAAAAUUACAAUGCUUGUCUUUGGUUAUAUAUACUUGGAUGUGUAGUGUUAGCAAUUGUUGCAGGCAUGUCAUGCCUAAGUUUGCUAAUCUUGCCAAUGAAAAAAUUAUUAAAGUAGUUGGCAAUAUCAGUUGGUUUUGUGAUGAAUGAGCCAUCUGAUUCAAUGAAUGAUGGAGCUGAGUUUGCCUUUUUUCCCAAAAUGUCAUUUAAGUCGCUCCAAAGCUAUUUACUAUCAUUAUUUAUGUUAUUUAUCCACCAGUCCAUCAUAGUGUUAUUUCUUCUUCUUUUCAUUCAGUUUAGUCACAUGAUUUCUCAAUUUGCAAUACGUUUGCCAAUCGGUUGUGCAGCCAGACUUAUUUGCCAUUCCUUUUGCCUCAUCCCUCUCAACCAUACAAUUUUUCAAUUCCUCAUCAAUCCACGGGGAUUUAACUGUUUUUCAGUCAUUUUCUUAAUGGGUGCAUGCUUAUUAGUAACUGGAAUAAGCAAUUUCAUAAACGUGUCAAGUGCAGUGUCUGUUUGCUCUUCCAUUGGCCCCCAUCACCUCUGAAUGUUCAAAAUACUACACAUACACAUACAGGCCUUGCUGGUCUACAGAGUUGUUUGGACUCAGAGGAAGGCCCUGGCAAGCCAUCUUCCUGAGAUUCAACCAUCCACAUCUGCUCUUCAUGUGCUUUGCUGUUUUUUCCCAAUUGAUUCCUCCCCAUAAUUGCUGUUAGCUAAUAUUUAAAUCAGUUUUUCAUUAUUUUAAGGAAUAGUUUGGUUAAUGCUGCAUGGUGUAAAUUGACCAUUUGUUUGCUACUUUGCCAAUGGAAGUGACAGUUGCCUUCCUCCUGGUAGAAAAGCUACCUACAGAGGACAUUUUUGCUCCAGGGCUAUUUACUGCAGUGCAACUGUAUUGACCAUCUUCAUGUCCUUAGACUUACUGUAACUUAAGGGAAUUAACUUGAGGAAAUUCAAGUUCUGUCAGGUUCCUUCCAUCAGCAAAAUACAACUCUUAUUAGAUUUAUUUGUGGUUAUUUUGUGUUGAUAUCAAUUGAUUUUUUCCCUAUUGAUAUGAUUGCUAUGUAAUUAGCUUUGACCCUCUCUUUUCUCUCCUCAGCACCAGUUCCUGUCCGAGGCUCUACAGUGGAGGGCACAGACUGACCCAGACCACUGUCUCUAUGUGCUGCUCAAUGCAAAGGUAGCACUCUCACUCUUUUAGACUCACUCUCACACAUACAGUAUACAGAACCCCCAUAGACAGUUGUGCCCAGUUUUAAAUAAACCCCUUGCCCCUACCCUCUCUCUAAUGCCUUUGCUUCAGGGGGUAGCAGUGUGCACAGCCACAUGUGUGCAGCUGCAUAAGCGGGCGGAGAAGAUUGCAGCGGCGCUCACAGAGAAAGGCAGCAUCAACACCGGGGACAACGUGGUGCUGCUCUACCCUCCUGGUGGGUCCUUUCUGUCUUUCUGUCUGUCCGUCCAUCAGACUCACACUGAGAAGUGGCAUAGUCAUACCCAUUGAGGAUGACUUAGAGUUACAGUCUGUCUUUGUCUCUCUUUCUGUCUCUCUCUCUAGGUAUUGACCUGAUAGCCUCUUUCUAUGGCUGUCUGUACGCUGGCUGUGUUCCUGUCACUGUCAGACCUCCUCAUCCACAGAACCUGGCAGCCACACUUCCCACUGUCCGCAUGAUCAUCGAUGUAAGUGUGUGCAUGUUUAUGUGUAUAUGUGGUAUAUUUUGAUUACGUGAGUGUAUGAGGAUGGGUGCUUUUUUAUUAGCAUUUUGUUUGAGUGUUAUUAUUUUGGUCUUCCAAAGGUAUGAAGUUGGAACCAUACUUUUCUACAAACUAACAUGUUUGUGGUGCAUCUGUCUGUCCCCAGGUCAGUAAAGCUGCCUGUAUCCUUACCACUCAGAACCUCAUGAGGAUCCUGCGCUCCAAAGAGGCUGCUGCCUCUCUGAACAUUAAAACAUGGCCGACAAUCAUAGACACAGGUACCAUAGGCCAGGUGUUCUUAAACUUUUUGGUGCUGGGGACCCCUUUUGUGAUCGCAAAUUCAUCAGUGAGGGACCCCCUCAUAAUCAGAACACCACUCGAGUGAGAUAAAAAUAGCAUACAAGGAGUUUUACUAUGACUUCGGCAGUGUAUGGCCGGAUGAACCAAGUCUCAGGCCCUGGGAUGGAACAUUUUAAUGCUUUUGGCAUCUGAGAUUUUCUUUUGAAGUUUUCAAACAAAUUUCCUGCAAUUCUACACAUUUUGCCAUAAGACAGAGAGAACACUUUGCAGUUUAAAGCUUAAAUUACAGUGCAUUUAUGUAAAAGUAUUGAGUUGAUAAUUGGUGGAGUACUGUGGAUACCAAUAUCCCUCUGAACAUGUUGCCCAGGGUUAAGAACAUACAUUGUAUAUAUAUAUAUUGUAUUGUAUUAUACCCUCUAAACUUAUUCCACAGAUCCCUUGGACAAAAUUAGUUUAAUCAAAUUAUUUUUUUUUAUAUAUAAAAAUAAAUAAAUACUUGGAUCUGGCUGUGUACCCCCUAAAGUACCUCCACACCCCAUUUUGAGAACCCCUGCCAUAGAAGAUCUUACAUACAGAACAUACCUAACCUGAGCCAGAGAAACUCAACCUUGUUGUGCAUGUUCCCUUCUUCCAGAUGACCUCCCUCGCCAUAGACCCCCCACGAUCUACAAGCCCCCCACGGCAGAGAUGAUCGCCUAUCUGGACUUCAGUGUGUCCACCACGGGCAUGCUCACUGGGGUCAAGGUAAGGUCAAUUACAGGAGGCUACCACUGUGUCUCAAUACUCUAAAACAGCCCCAGAUAGUUUGCAAACCUAUGGUGGCCCAUGAGCGGCCUGCCUUCGGCAAAGUCAGUAGCCAACGGCCCAUUUUGCUCAUCUGCUUUACAGUGGGCCAAUGGCGGUAGCCAUAACCAUGGCUUUACCGGUUGAUUCUGCUUCUCUUAUUGGUUUCAUUGUGAUGUGUGUGUGAUUGGCUGUGUGUCUCUGGCCAUCAGAUCUCCCAUGCGGCAGUCAGUGCUCUGUGUCGCUCCAUCAAGCUGCAGUGUGAGCUCUACUCCUCACGCCAAAUAGCCAUCUGCCUGGACCCUUACUGUGGCCUGGGCUUCGUACUGUGGUGCCUCGCAAGGUAACACACACAUACACACACACAGGGUAUCUUUAUCUCUCUCGCUUACACACAUGAACUCACACCUUAUCUUGUUUCCUGUGUGUGUAGUGUGUACUCGGGCCACCAGUCCAUCCUAAUCCCUCCUCUGGAGUUGGAGAGCUGUCUGCCCUUGUGGCUGAGCACCCUGAGCCAGUACCGCAUCAGAGACACCUUCUGCUCCUACUCUGUCAUGGAGCUCUGCACCAAGGGGAUAGGCACGCAGACAGAGAUACUCAAAGUGAGUACAACACACACACACACACACACACACAAACACAAACACGCUAACUCCCCAUCUCCUUCUCUCUUUCCUUCCAGGCACGGGGGCUGAACCUGUCAUGUGUGAGGAGCUGUGUGGUGAUAGCAGAGGAGCGUCCUCGUCUGACCCUCACCAUGUCCUUCUCCAAGCUGUUUAAGGACCUGGGCCUCUCCCCCCGUGCUGUCAGCACAGCCUUUGGAUCCAGGGUCAACCUGGCCAUUUGCAUGCAGGUAUUCAACCAGCUAGAAUCUGUUCUGUGAGGAGGUACUAGGCAACAGGGAAUUUCAUAAGAUGGAAGCAUAACUCACUUGUUUGGAAAGAUAGACUUGUAUUAAUGGCUAAGGGAAAACAUUAAUGUUUUGACGGCCAUGUCCAAUGUUCCUAUGAUUUGUGGCUGAACCUUGACUCAUGUUGGUUGAUGCACUAACUAGUGUCUCCCUGAACUGGAGGCUAGAGCCUUCUGUUAACUCUACAUAACAGAAGAGUCACGUGUAAAUAGAGGACUCUGAGGGUUGUCUGCCAGUUCAGUUAGUACAGCAGGACCUCCCUGUAUGUCUCCUCAAGGACUGAUACAUGUACAGUGGAUGUGUAUCUGAGUUUUCAGUCAGGUUUUCUGUUUGUUUCUCAGGGAACCACUGGACCGGACCCCUCCACUGUGUAUGUGGACAUGAAGUCCCUCCGCCAUGACAGGUGAGAACAUAUGUAUGAGCAGCUUUGACGCUGAGGAUCUUUUUUGUUUUUACAGUAUUGAGUUCACCAUCACAAUGUGCUUUCACUUUCUGUCUCAGGGUGAGGCUGGUGGAGAGGGGAGCCCCUCAGAGUCUCCCUCUGAUGGAGUCUGGCAAAGUAAGUCUCCCCUGAUGGAUCCACACACAUUAAAUUCCCUUUGUAUUCAGAUACAAGAUGUGUUGUUGUGGGAUUUUGUUGUUCACCAUCUGUCUCUCUACUCUAUCACUCUCUAUAGAUCUUACCAGGAGUCAGGGUGAUCAUUGUGAACCCAGAGACCAGAGGACCUCUAGGAGAUUCCCAUCUAGGAGAGGUGAGGGAAGAGAAUGCUAAUAUUAGAGUGAAUAUGUCAACAUGUGGCAUAGAUAAAAGGAUGGGCAAUAGGAAAGGUAUAAUUAGGAAAAACUCCUAUCCCUAUCAAUAACCAACAAUUCUCCUCAUACAUAACUCUCCUAUUCCAUCCUUAUUAGGUUGGGCGGCAGGUAGCUUAGUGGUUAAGAGCAUUGUGCCAGUAACCGAAAGGUCGCUGGUUCUAAUCCCCGAGCCGACUAGGUGAAAAAUCUGUCGAUGUGCCCUUGAGCAAGGCACUUAACCCUAAUUGCUCCUGUAAGUCGCUCUGGAUAAGAGCGUCUGCUAAAUGACUAAAAUGUAAAUGUAAAAUGUUAACUGUACCUUGUCCCCUACUCUGCUCUCUGUCUCUGUCAGAUCUGGAUUAACAGCCCUCACAGUGCCAGUGGCUACUAUACCAUCUAUGGAGAGGAGAGCCUGCAGGCCGACCACUUUAACACCAAGCUGAGCUUUGGAGACCCCACGACUCUGUGGGCCAGGACUGGCUACCUGGGCUUCGUCAAGAGGACUGAACUACUAGAUGCCGCUGGGCGUGAGUGGAUGGGCCCGGUCAGGGAUAUGGAGGCUAACGCUAAUGGCUAACAUAAAAAGGGAGGGCUAUAGAUGCUAAUGCUAAUGGAUAACAUGAAAAGGGAGGGCUAUGGAUGCUAAUGGAUAAAAAAUGAAAAGGGAGGGCUAUGGAGGCUAACGCUAAUGGCUAACAUGAAAAGGGAUGCUAUGGAUGCUAAUGCUAAUAGAUAGCAUGAAAAGGGAGGGCUAUGAUGCUAAUGCUAAUGGAUAACAAGAAAAGGGAGACAUACUAGGGAUCUGAUGAGGGAUAAAUGAGCUAGCCCAACAUACCCAGUAUUCAACAUAUUUGUUUGCCCCUCUCUGUCUGUCUCCCUCUCUGUGGUCAGAUCGUCAUGAUGCCCUGUUUGUGGUGGGUUCCGUGGAUGAGACUCUGGAGCUUAGGGGACUGCGCUACCACCCCAUCGACAUCGAGACAUCUGUGUCCCGGGCUCACCGCAGCAUCGCAGAGAGGUCAGAACACUGGAGUGUCCCAGGAAACCUUACUUAUUGUCCAUUGGUUUAUCUGUGUUUUCAUAAUUGGAGUGAGAUGAAGAGAUUUCUUAGUGUGUGUGUGUACGUGCGCACGUGUGUGUCUUUGUCUGACAUUUGAUUUGAAUAUAACCCCUUUUUCAUAUGUGUCCCAUACAGUGCGGUGUUCACGUGGACCAACCUACUGGUGGUGGUGGCUGAGCUGUGUGGCUCAGAGCAGGAUGCCCUGGACCUGGUGCCCCUGGUCACCAACGUGGUGCUGGAGGAGCACCAUCUCAUCGUGGGCGUGGUGGUCAUCGUGGACCCGGGGGUCAUACCUAUCAACUCCAGGGGGGAGAAACAGCGCAUGCACCUCCGGGACUCCUUCCUGGCUGACCAACUGGACCCCAUCUAUGUGGCGUAUAAUAUGUGA